UUAGCGUAGGACCCUUAGCACACUUUGACCUGAUCGCGGGGCAAAACUUGUCUUUCGACGCGAUAUUCUUUCACUUGCCGUUCUUGUGAAAAUUCAGUGUGGAAAAUGGUGGUUGCAAUGAAUUGAAAGUGUCUGACCUUGCACAUAUCAUGCCAUGAAAGAGCGACCAGUGAACCACCAACGCCAAACGUAGCAGUGCUGAGCGUAGGAUGUGCAACCUCAAUGUGACAAAAAACACCGUGUCGAAGUGCUGAAUUCACCAACCACCACCAUGCAAUCUCUCCUAGUCCAAACGUUCACCUUGUCCCUUUUCGUUUGCCUUUCGUUCGGUUUCCUCCUCGACGGGAGCACGAACUCCUAUUCUCAAUUUCGAAAAUGGGGCGGGGGUACCAACGGGAGCAUAGAGUUCGAAUUCAAGACCGACCAACCGAACGGACUGCUUCUGUACACGGAUGAUGGCGGCACUUACGAUUUUUUCGAAAUAAAAUUAGUGGAAGGUGCAUUGAGACUCAGGUACAAUCUAGGUGGUGGCGCGCAAAUAAUCACCGUCGGCAGGGACCUGCACGACGGCCAUUGGCACAAGGUGCGCGUGCAGAGGCACGAGGACAGGACGUACCUCACGGUGGACGGCAUCACGCAGAUGAAGACGUCCAGAGGGAAGGAAUUCAAUUUCGGGCGUUAUUCUACCAACUCGGACGUGUACGUGGGUGGUAUGCCGACGUGGUAUAACACCAAAUUGACUCUGUUGGCGUUACCGAGCGUGAUUUUUGAGCCUCGAUUCGUGGGGGCUGUGAGAAAUUUGAUCUACGCCGACCAGGAGGGUGGCAUAUCUAGGAGGCAGGAGACCAGGCCGAAGGACCAACGGUGUGAUGGCGGCAUUAUUGCCGGAGCAGAAGGGCUGUGCAUACCCCAAAGCAGGGUUUUGCGCGGGAAUAGCAGCGAUGCCUGCGAGACACGUGACCCCUGUCAGCAUGGCGGCAUCUGCAUCUCUACGGAUUCCGGACCUAUCUGCGAGUGCCGCAAUCCGGAUUACGAGGGGGAAUUUUGCGAGAAAGACAAAGCUCCAUCGGAAGCUGUUUUUAGAGGGACAGAAUUUCUAUCUUACGACCUCACUCAGACUGGUGGAGAGCCGAUUGUCAGUGCUCAAGACUCUGUCACGUUCUAUUUCAAAACCAGACAGCCUAAUGGACUUUUGUUCUUCACUGGCGAUGCUACCGACUACCUUAACGUAGCGAUCAAAGAUGGCUGUUUGAGUUUGACGAUGGGAUUAGCGAACGGCAAGCAAGAUAUGCAGAUCAAACCCAAUAAGGUCAGGUUUGACGACAACCAAUGGCACAAGGUCAGCGUUCACAGGAGAAUACAAGAGAUCUCGGCAAUUACAAGCUUUUGCAGGCUAUCUGCUGUAGUCGACGGAGUAUACGCUGACCAUUCUCAUAUAGCCGGAAAGUUCACCAUGUUACUUUCGAGCAAAUUACACGUUGGUGGUAGCAUCAAUACCAGAGCUCUCCCUGGAUCCCGAGUCCACAACAACUUUGUUGGAUGCAUGAGAAAGGUGGAAUUUGUGGCUGACACUUUGCGGCUGAACCUCUUGGAGCUGGGGAGAUCAGGAAGCCACCUCAUCUCCGUUGUGGGGCGACUAGACUACAAAUGUCCAGCGGGGGAAACCCACGACCCUAUCACCUUCACUACGAGGGAGUCACAUCUUAUCUUGCCGCCUUGGAACGCCAAGAAAACGGGAAAUAUUUCCUUCAAGUUCCGCACCAACGAGGCUAAUGGUCUAAUCUUGUUUAAUGGAGGAGUGAGACCACCAAGGGUGGACCUUUUCUCUAUUGAGAUAUACAAUGGGCAUAUCUAUAUCCAUCUAGACUUGGGUUCUGGGGCAGUGAAACAGAGGGGUUCUCGAAGAAGAAUUGACGAUGGGUCAUGGCACGAGGUAUCCUUCAGACGGAAUGGAAGAGAUGCAAGAAUCACGGUUGAUGGAUUCCAUACGGAUUUCAAAACACCAGAGGGGUCAACUAGUCUGGAAUUGGACGGCAACAUGUACGUGGGCGGCCUGGGGCCACCAUUCUCCGAGAUUCCCAUCUCGGUGGGCCUUUGGACGGCGGUGUUACAGCAGGGUUUCGUGGGGUGCUUCAAGGACCUCACGAUGAACAAUGAACCGGUAGAUGUGGCCAGUUAUGCGAGGGAGCAGGAUUCAGCGUCCAUACGAACCCUGUGUCACACUCAACCUCCACAAUGUGUUUCUCAGCCAUGUUUGAACGGUGGUGUCUGCAACGAAGGAUGGAACAGGUUCAUCUGCGAUUGCACGAAUACAAUUUUCACAGGACCAACUUGCGGAAAAGAAGCGGCGACACUCAGUUUCAACGGAACACAGCAUAUGGAAGUGAACAUGGACACGGAACAAGUAACCCAGACAGAAGAUAUUGUUCUCAGGUUCAGGACAAGUAAGCCCCUGGGAUUGCUUUUGAUCACGAGCACGGUCGAAACUGGGGACCGCAUCGAGUUGGCCGUGGCGGCUGGCAGGAUAAGGAUGGCCCUCCGACUCGGCGUCAAGGAUAAGAAGGAGGAAGACAAGGAGAAGGAUAAGAUCCUGCUAGCCGGACAGAAUGUGAACGAUAACGAAUGGCACACGAUGCGCUUCUCAAGGCGAGGGGCCAAUCUGAAGUUGCAGCUCGAUAACCACUUGCCAAUUAGAGCUGAGACCCAAGGAAAGCACAACACGCUACAAUGGCGCACAAUUCACAUAGGUGGCCUAUACCACCUUGAGGAAGAAAUCAGUAUGACCACAACAGUUCCUAAUUUCAUCGGAGAAAUCCAACAGUUUUAUUUCAACAAUAUUCCAUAUAUCGAACUAGCGAGGGCGUCCAGAGGAGAACAAUCUAUAGCUGGAUUUCCUGGUAUCAGAGUGGCAGCAAGAUUCGUCAAGCACGCUACCGAUAAUCUUCACAGGCCUGUCACCUUCAGAUCUAAACACACUUUUAUUGGACUGCCGAUGCUGAGAGCCUACUCCAGCAUACACAUCGAUUUUAUGUUCAGGACAAGGGAAGCGAACGGACUCAUUAUGUUUAAUGGUGGAAGGAAAGAAGACUACGUUGCCGUUGAACUAGUAGAUGGUCACAUAAAUUACAUAGUUAACGUUGGUGACGGAUCUGUGACUCUCAGAGAUACUUCAAGGUCACAUCUCAAUGACAACCGAUGGCACACGGUCGGAAUAAGAAGACCUUCUGCAAAACAGCACACCUUGAUGGUCGACGAUGACAUAGUGGUGACAUCUAAUCCUGGUACGGGAAACCUGGAACUUGACGGAAUCCUGUACCUUGGAGGCGUCCACAAAGACCUUUACAGCCAGCUGCCUCAGACGGAAGUCAAGUCGAGGCAUGGUUUCGAAGGAUGCAUAGCUGGCCUUGAUCUCAACGGCGAAUCGCCGAAUAUAAUGGAGGACGCGGUGGUACACAGUUCCUUAGUUACUGCAGGUUGCGAAGGUCAAUCUGCCAAAUGUAACCAUAACGUCUGCGCAAAUGGUGGUAUCUGCGUACAGCAAUGGCAUUCAUAUACAUGUGAAUGCGACCUAACCACUUUCACAGGGCCUACCUGUUCAGACGAAUCUGUUUCCUACGAAUUUGGACCAAAUAGGGGUAUCAUCUCUUACACGUUCCCCGAAGAUAACCGUCCAGAAAUGCAGGAGGAUUCGAUAGCAGUAGGGUUUAUGACGACCAAGUCAGAUGCAGUACUUCUAAGAGUUGUUAGUGGGACGUCUAAUGAUUACAUUGAGAUAGAAAUAGUGGAAGGAAACGUAUUCGUGGUCUACAACCUGGGAACAAACGAUCAUCCGCUGGGUGAAAUUUCCGUAAAAGUUAACGACAACAACUACCACAUCGUCAGAUUCCAUAGAUUCGGCCACAACUCCUCCCUGCAAAUUGACGACUACAACGUUCAGUCAAGCCAUCCACUAGGUCAUCAGCUCCAAGUUUUCAACAGUCAAUCGCAAAUUCAGAUAGGUGGGAAAUGGAGUAAGGGUAAAUCGAGAAUUGAGAGGCCUUUUAAUGGAAUUGUCUCUGGUGUGGUUGUGAAUGGACUCAGGGUGCUAGAUUUGGCUGCAGAAAAAGAUAGCCACAUUUCAAUAAGGGGCGAUGUGCAGUUGAUCACUGGGAUUCACGAUCGACAGGAUCAUCUUCAGAAAAUGCAACAGACCCCUGCCUCCGAUUUUCCUGGUCUAGAAGACGACCUAGUGUUCAGCGGGGCUGGAUCCGGCUGUAACGGAGAUGAUGAAGAUGAAUGUCCGCCACUUCCUGAAUCUGGAUCUGGCGAUGAUGAUCUCAUCACACCAGUUUACAUUCCCCCGACAAGACCGCCCCCAACGACAAAGACAAAGGCUCCACCCCCGUCGUGUGAUGACGAGGAUUGCUUCACUGGAUCUGGAGGAGGUGAAGUAACAGAAGACACCACGAAUGCUACUUCUACAACGCCAGAAGCAACCACUGUACCGACAACAGCUUCGGAAGCUGCAACUCCAAAACCAGAAGAUCUCACUACGAACCCUGGACCAGUUACCAAUAUUCAAUCAUCCACUGUAACCACCGAAAGGAAAGAUGACUUCGUACCAGUUUCAACGUCUCAAGUAACUAGAGAAACUACAACAGUGGCUGUUGUCGAAAUAGAGACAACUCAAACGGCUUUCACUACACCAGGAAGAUAUAUAGAGCCUCCCAAUUUCCAUCAACCUCCGUACGUGGAACAUAUACCGCAAAACAACAACUAUUAUCCGAGAAAUACGAAUAACAGGCAUGAGAGAGUCACUUCUGAAACCUCCGAAAUAGUAGCUUUGAUCAUCGGCAUCAUAGCGGGGGCACUCAUAGCAGUUAUAUUAAUCAUUUUAGUGAUCCUGAAGUUCAAAUCGCGAAGUGAUAGAUCGUUUAAAAUAGACGAUAGCAAGGGUUACCAGCAGGGGCCCAAUGCUGCCCUUCUUGGCAGCCAGAGCUCCACGAAUGGUAACCAGAGCCAAUAUCACCUAAAUGGAGCCUUGAGAAACGGAGACAAACAAGCUCAGUUUGCGCAGAAGCCUAAAAAGAGAGAUAGCAAAGAUAUAAAAGAGUGGUACGUUUAAGUGUGGGGACGGUUUAAAGAAAUAGAGACUCCGAGCCAAAAAUUGUGGACUGAUGAAAAGAUUAACAAAUGAGAAAAGGAUGCAACAGCAACGUCUGUAAACAUGAUGAAAAUCAAUUCACUUUUUUAGUGAUACGAAUUUAUCUUUGGUUUGUUGAAUAUCAUAAUUAUUUCCUCCAUUAUUCGAUGAGCCUGUGUUGCAGACGUUGCUCCAAUGUCUCGAUUGUAAUUUAUGGAUAAGAAAUUUUAAAAUUGUUGCAAGACAUGCUCAUUGCAGAGUAACUUCAUUUUUACAAGUUUCUGGAAAAGUACAUAUUAAUUUCAACCAGUCAUUUUUCCAUCAAGACAGUGAUCAACAUUAGGUGCUUAUAUUUUCAUCGGGUUGAAAUCUAUUCUUGCUGUGAAGUUUUCCUGAAACAUGUACUCGUGGAAAAGUCUACUUCUGAAUUUCAUGAUCAAAAAAAUUCACACCAUCAACUGUUCACUGUUACAUGUUUGAAUUUUUUAUCGACAUCAUAUUAAAUUGUUAGUUCUCGUAUAGACCCGACACAAUGUAAUUAAUGUUAUCUUGAAAACUAGUGCUUUAUAUGGUCAGCAGGCACGGAUCUUAGAUAUAUGUUUGAGUUUGUUGUUACUCAAUUAAUAUUGUACAAUAUUGCUGUGUAGACUAUAAUGAUUUGUUCAAAAAUAAGUUUCAAUUGUACAUAAUUCCAAUGAUAUCGAUAAGCAGAUUUUUCAUUUUUUUAAGACUAUGCAAAUAGGUUGACUUUGAGUUGCUGUCAGGGGUGUUCGUGAGACAUAAACAGGGUGUUAGUGAACUUUUACAACAAAUUACAGGAUUCUGCACGACAGUUUUUCUUAUAGCUUUUGUCCGCAAAUGCUUCGUUUUACGAGAUGCGGAGUUUUUCUUGAAAACUUACUAUUGUUGCUCUGAAACCAGUCUAGACAUGCAAAUGAUCGUGGAGGUAGUUAUGGUGCAUUUUUUUAACAUUGAAUAAAAAAUACAGUACACAAAACACAAUAUUCAAUUCGCAUAUCUUGACCGGUUUAGGAGCAAUAUAAAUAGUCGGAUUUUGUAGACAAAAGCUUUAUAGCAUGCAGAAUCAACUCCCUGAAGUUUGUCGCAAUUAUUCAACAACCUGUAUAUGUAAGCAUCAGAUAAAAAAACAUUUUCAUGUCGAUUUCUAUCUAAACUGACCUGAAUUUAGAUUACAUCAUAUUUAAUCAAUAUUAUUAAAUAUAGUUACAAGAAUUGGAAUGCAAAAAAUUUACCUUAUUAAGCAGUGCAGUAAAGUACCACUUUACCUACCUCACUAAUGAGGUAAAGUUUCUCAUUACGAAACUCAUAUCAGUGUUGUGAUGUUUGAUAUUGGGAGUAGAUAAAAAUGUGAUAAGUGGGAAAUGUCCAACUUUACCUCACUAGAGCAGCAAAGUACAACUUUGCUGAUAUCAGUGUGGUGAGGUUUGACAUUAUUGGAAUAAGUUGAAAGAUGAACAUAAAUGCGGAUAAAGCUACACGAGCGCUGAUGACAGUAACUUUUUAUUAACCUAUGGAUGUUUCAAAAUACUAUUUUACUUUCCAUCCGAGUUCAAACGACUGACCUUGCAUAAACAGGUAUAGUAAGAUUGUCGAACAAUACAAAUAAGGUCAAUUAGAAUUUUAAUAACGAAGGAAGGUAAAAAGCGAUUACGCAAAAUGAAAUGAGUCAUUAAAUGAAAGAAUAUAUGAUCCUAACUGUACGCAGGAUGAUUUUUAUUUCGAGAAAUUCGUCCAUAAUCUGACAACCUCCUUGUAAAUAGAAAACAUACAAAUAGAAAAUUCAGUUUUUCAUUAUAAUACAUAAGUCCUUUGCGAAACAGUUACAGUAUUAAUUAGUUACAUGAUACAGGAUACAAUACUUUCGCGUGUUAACUACGUAUACCUAUUCCUAUUUAGGGAUGAAUUAAGAUAAGCUACACUUGAAGCACAUAUUAUAAAUAUCAACAUUUGUGGCCCACUUCAUUCUGUGAGAAAUCGCUAUGUUUAGAAUGUGACAGAACUUCGAAAGUGACAUGAGUUCUAAAACAAAUAUCAAAUAUUGAACCAUAUCAUAUCCCUAAAGGAAACCCUAGCUUCAAAAAUUAUAGCAAUAGGAGAGUCACAAUAGAAUUUCUAGAAGUGCUAAGUGAGUAGAAAAGCUAUUGAUUAUUGGUCCGCAAUUGAUUGUCGUGAAUGAUCUCGUAGAAUAGAGAAUGCAUAAAAGACACAAAUAGAAAUAACGGAAACAAUUUGCUCAAAAAAGGCAACAGCGAAAAAUAUACGGUUUGAACAAUAAAAAGGCUUCGAAAUUCAACUGAGGAACUAAGUAUUUGUAUGAUAGAUCAAAUGAAUCUAAAGAAAAAACAAAAUUCAGAACGAUAGUUAUUAUAUCCUUGAUAGAUUAGUUUUUUAUAAUGAUUACAUCAUUUAUGAAAUAAUGGAAUAAUACUUAUCAUUUUGUUGUAGUUGAUGUUUCACUAAGAUCUGUGAUAUUAUAUGAAUUGUUGGGGCAACUUCCGAGAUUGUUCUCGAGUGUAUCCCCAAAAUUCACGAAGAACUCGAUUUUUCUUUAACCCAUCCGUGCCUGGCCUCUUUCUGUUGUUUCAUAUUAUUUGUUGUUGUAUUAUAUUUUGAGAAAGUCACAAAUAAAGGUAGCAUUACUUUCCCAUAAAUUCCACCAUCACAGAUGAGUUACUCUAACCAUGCUUAAUCGUUCGCUACUUCAAAAAAAAAAUAGAUGAUAAGUUUAAAUUAUUUUGAGGAUAUAAAACAUUAUUGGAUCUUGGGAAAAUAUCUUCAACAAUUAAAGAAUUCGGAAUGACUUUGAAUACUUUGAAUAUAGAAUCAAAAAAAUGUUAUCGUAUAAGAAUCUGGGAAACGCACACUAUAAAUAUAGACUAUAUUCAGGCAAUGUGUUUGGGUGUAGAAUGUAUGAGGAUUUCUGAAUCAAUCAAUGAAAAUUGUUCUGGUAAAGAAAUUCUAGAAAAAAUUAAGAAGAAAGUUGAAUAAAUCAAAAUAUUCAUUUUGUCGAAAACGUUAAAACAUUUUUAUAUAAGCGGUUCACUCCAAAACUCAAUCAGGCAGUGAAACUAGCUUAAAAUAGAGUUUUUUUUUUAAUUACAUACUGAGAAAAGAGAAACAGAUUGUAUUGAAUCGAAUUCUAUAAAUAGCUAUAAGGUCCUUCUUCCUUUUGUGUUCCACCAAGUUUUGACAACAAUUAUGAAUUUAUUCAAAGGCGAAGUUCCAACGAUUUCAAAUCUCACAUAUCACUCAAUGGCAAUAAAAUGAUUAAAUUACAGUAAGGAAAAUAAUUGCUACCAAUAAUGGACGCUUUCUCAAAACGUACCUUCAACAACGUAAAAAAGAACUGCUCACUCCAAAACUGAACUUAAACAGUUCCUGUAUAUUGGAGUGGAUCAAUUCUUCACACUAUUUUUGAAAAGCGCUAGUUAAAAUUAUUUUCGACGGCACAACGGUGUCCAAAAUUGACCUAAAGAAUCUAUGCGACUACACUAAUUAUCUAUUUGUAAUAUACUAAAUAGCAAUACAUGAAACCCUAGUUAAUUGAACCCUUUUAUUUUAGUAAUGACUUGAUUGUGUAUAACUUGUAUUUAUAGACUUUUGUAUUAUACUUUUUGGAUUUUGUUAGAGCUAUAAUAAAAUGGCGUAUAUUUGGAUGUUAAAAUCA